ACAGCCGAGUCUGGGAGGGUUUCCUGGACAGAGGUCCUCGUGGCAGCUGCCUUUAGACGUGCAGCGCUGAUCAGGCCGCUGCUCUGACCCAGGCCCUGUGCAGGCAGCCGCAGCCGCAGCAUCCCCCGCCGGUGCAGCAGCAUGGAGCUUUGGGGGGCCUACCUGCUUCUCUGCCUCUUCUCCCUCCUGACCCAGGUCACCGCGGACCCACCAACCCCCAAGGUCAAAAAGGCUGCAAAUACCAAGAAAGAUGUCGUGAGCCCGAAGAUGUUUGAGGAGCUCAAGAGCCAGCUGGAGAGCCUGUCCCAGGAGGUGGCCUUGCUGAAGGAGCAGCAGGCCCUGCAGACGGUCUGCCUGAAAGGCACCAAGGUGCACAUGAAGUGCUUUCUGGCCUUCGCCCAGGCGAAGACCUUCCACGAGGCGAGCGAGGACUGCAUCUCGCGUGGGGGCACGCUGAGCACCCCGCAGACGGGCUCGGAGAACGACGCGCUGUACGAGUACCUGCGCCAGAGCGUGGGCAGCGAGGCGGAGAUCUGGCUGGGCCUCAACGACAUGGCGGCCGAGGGCACCUGGGUGGACAUGACCGGCGGCCACAUCACCUACAAGAACUGGGAGACGGAGAUCACGGCGCAGCCCGACGGCGGCAAGGCCGAGAACUGCGCCGCCUUGGCCGGUGCGGCCAACGGCAAGUGGUUCGACAAGCGUUGCCGCGACAAGCUGCCCUACAUCUGCCAGUUCGCCAUCGUGUAGCCCGGGAGACAGGAGAAGGGCAGGGGG